AUGAGCUCGAGAAUCCACCAAGCAACCAGCACAGCUCCUGAGAUUGAUAGCGUCAUCGCCUCAACAUCACGCACACCUUUUACCGAAGAACUGACGGAGGUCAAGCUCCGGAAAAUGGACAAGUUGUGUCUCCCAGAGUACAAACCAAGAGGUGAUCCCGUCGAGCAUUUGACGGCUUUCAACAUCGCGGUGGCAAGAGCUAGACUUGCUCCCGAGGAAAGAGACGCAGGAUACUGCCAACUCUUUGUCGAGACACUGAACGAACAAGCCCUGACUUGGUUCUCGGGACUCGAGGAGAACUCGAUUAGAAGCUUCAAAGAGCUCUCCUCAGCAUUUCUCAAGACUUACAUCAUGUUCACCAAGCGCGAAGCAACAGCCUCGAGCCUUUGGAACCUCAAGCAAACGAAGGACCAGAGUCUUCGCGACUACAUGGAGCAAUUUAAGUCGGUCGUGUCGCGAAUCAACAUUCCCGAUGACAUCGCCGUCGACAUCUUGAGGAACAAUCUUCUGGUAGAAUGUAAGUUCCGAGAAGAUCUCUAUCGAUGUCCCACCUCGUCACUACAAGAUGCCAUUGCUCGGUCCCACAACUUCAUCCGUAUGGAAGAGGACACUAAAGCCAUCAUGAGCAAGCAUAACUCGGCGAAGCAAUCGCAUGCUGCCAGCGACAAACACAACCGCAAGAAUGGUCUCCUCUACGUCGUUGAUGAAAACGGGAAGAAAUGGAACACCUUUCAUCGAGAGACAGAUCCUCCUAGCGAAUCCCCCCGAGCAACAGCGGCCGCCGCAGUCGCCCAGGUCGAUUCCGUAGCGGGUUCAUCCCGGACUCCUCCAGGACUUACCAAAUCGUGCAAGCUCCAUGGUGUCAAAGGCCACGACACGUCAGAGUGCAAAACACUUUUCGCACAGUUCCUCUCUUCGAUCGAAAGCGGCGAGCUUAAGAUCCCUCCUCCGAAGCCAAAAAGCGAAAGCAGUUGGAGCAGGAACAAGGAGAGGAAGAAUCAGCAAAAACAUCAAGGGAAACCGCGUCAAGACGACCAAAAGCCAAAGGAUGCCGAGCAGACCCCUCGUCAGGAUGACGAUGGUGUCGUCUCAGCAGACGAAGACCAACCCGCGGUCAGACAAAGGAUCGAAGUUAUUCGCGCCCAACCAGAGUCCUCAUCGGACGAAGAGAGUGACCUCGAGGAAGCUCCCGACUCGUCGGACUUACGUAUGCUCCUCAAGCGAAAGGCUACUCCGAGGAUUAGCGAGACUCCCGGUCCCUCUGAUCUCCGAGUCGAGCUCAACGCCAAAAGAACCAAGCACGCGCCGAGUCAAAGAUCCUCACCAGCAUCUCCAGACGACAACCCUAUCGUCGAUUUGCGCGACCAACUUAACGCCCGGAUGGACGAUCUACGUACAAAAUUGGAUCGCAAAAGGACCGAGCAAUCAGAGGAAAACAAGGAUCUCCGAGCUUUCCUCAUCAAGAAGCAAGCAAGCAUCAGGCCGCGAAUUAAUGUGAUUAUGGGAGGAUCACCACAUUGUGGGGACUCACGUUGGCCACAGAAGCCCCCGAACGAUCUCCCAAUCUCCUUCUCGUCGGAAGAUCUACUCGGCGUAAACCUCCCUCAUAACGAUCCACUUCUUGUCGUCCUGGCUAUCGCUAAGUACGACGUUACCAAAGUACUAAUCGAUACAGGAAGCUCAGUCGAUAUCAUUUUUCGCGAAACUUUCGUAAAAAUGGGUAUCGACUUAAAAGACGUGAAACCAUCUUCCAGAACUCACACCGGCUUCAACGGCUACUCCGAAGUAAUCCUCGGGACUAUCCGUCUAUCAGUACAAGCCGAGGGAGUAACUCGGACGGUCAAAUUCUUGGUGGUCAGUACCAAGGCCCCCUAUGACGUGAUACUAGGUACCCCAUGGCUCUACUCUAUGCGAGCAAUUGCAUCUACAUACCACCAGUGCGUCAAAUUCCCGGGCAUGGAUGGGACGAUUAAGACAGUAGGAGGAGAUCAACGAGCCGCACGAGAUCUCUUGAUCGCCACGGUCAAAUUACAGCGCUCGCAGUCACUCGUCAACUCGGUUUCCCCUCCGAUAAGAAAGGUCUGCCCACAAAAGGAAGAAGUGCUCGAGGUUCCGGUCGAUGAGUCGGACCCAAGCAAAGUGCUACGAGUAGGCGCCUACUUAUCAGACGAGACGCAGCGCACGAUCCUGGAUUUCCUGAAGCAGAACUUAUCUACCUUUGCAUGGUCAAUGUCUGACAAGCAAGGCGACCCUUCCAUCAUGACUCACGAGCUGAACGUGGAUCCAAACAUCAAGCCCAUUCGAAAGAAGAGGCGAAAAUUGGGUCCCGAGAGAUCUAAGGCAGUCGUCGAGGAUGUCGAGCGUUUACUCAACGCGGGCUCGAUAAUGGAAGUCCGUUACCCGGAGUGGCUCGCCAACCCAGUGGUCGUCAAGAAGAAAAACGACAAGUGGCGUAUGUGUGUUGACUUUACCGACCUCAACAAAGCCUGUCCUAAGGACAGCUAUCCGCUUCCGAACAUCGAUAGGCUCGUCGAGUCAACUGCCGGCAAUGAAAUGCUCACGUUUAUGGAUGCUUUCUCGGGAUACAACCAGAUCAUGAUGCAUCCGGAUGACCAAGAGAAGACAUCAUUCAUAACCGACCGAGGAACCUACUGCUAUAAGGUGAUGCCCUUCGGGCUAAAGAACGCCGGAGCGACGUACCAGCGACUAGUCAACCGUAUGUUCGCCAAGCAGCUUGGCACCACAAUGGAAGUCUAUAUCGAUGAUAUGCUCGUCAUGUCACUCCGAACAGACAACCAUCUGACGCAUUUACGGGAGUGUUUUGACAUUCUUAAUACAUACAAGAUGAAGCUAAACCCGACCAAGUGCACUUUUGGCAUCUCGUCUGUAGAAUUUCUCGGUUACAUAGUAACGCAGCGAGGAAUUGAAGCAAAGCCGAAGCAAAUAUCAGCUGUCCUCGAUCUCCCAAGCCCGAGAAACUGCCGAGAAGUCCAACGACUAACCGGCCGAAUCGCAGCACUCAAUCGUUUCAUCUCUCGAUCCACCGACAAAUGUCUCCCCUUCUACGAUCUCCUCCGAGGAAACAAGAAAUUCAUCUGGGACGACAAGUGCGAAGAGGCUUUCAAUCAGCUCAAAAACUACCUGACGACGCCCCCGAUCUUGGCGAAGCCAGAUGUAGGCGACGUCUUGUCCCUCUACAUUACGGUCUCAUCCGCAGCAGUCAGCAGUUCGCAUUCGGUGGAAGUUCUUACCGACCAGCCGCUCCGAACUGUUUUGCAAAACACGAACAGAACUGGCCGUCUUACCAAGUGGGCGAUAGAACUCGGGGAGCUUGACAUCGCUUACAAGUGCAGAACCGCUUUAAGGCUCAAGUCCUCGCCGAUUUCCUCGUGGAAUUAUCUCCAGAACUUGCCCAAGAUCUCGAAGUCCCAGAUUCAAACUGGAUUCUGCACGUCGACGUCGUUCAGCUUUGGUUUCCCGGCGUCGAAUAAUGAAGCGGAGUACGAAUCUCUCAUUCCCGGCCUUCGUCUCGCGAAAGCAGUCAAAGCUAAGCGACUCAGUGCAUACUGUGACUCGCAGCUCGUCGCCAGUCAGUUCAGCGGCGACUAUGAUGCCCGCAACGACAUGAUGGAUGCCUACCUCCGAGUCGUUCAAUCACUAGCUAAGGAGUUCGAAUUCUUCGAACUCACAAAGGUUCCCCGCGGGGAGAAUAUGUGUGCUGACGCAUUAGCAGCACUCGGAAGCAAGCUCCACGACCAAGUCAAAAGGGUUAUCCCGAUCCAUCGGAUCGAGAAACCGAGCAUCGAUAUCUCAGCGGAGGCAGCUAACUUCGUCACUACAGAAUCUGAAACGACGCCCCAAUCUCUGACUGAUGGUGACGCCGAGAUGACAGACCAAGAUCAGCCGACACCCGACUUGAGAACUGAGUUCAUCCAGUACCUUACCAACGGCACGAUUCCAACUGAUAAGUGGGCUGCGAGACGGCUAAAAAGACGCAGCGCUCACUACGUCAUCAUGGAAGAGGAACUCCAUCGAGUAACAGCUAGCAAGGUCCUCCUCAAAUGCAUCUGCGGCGAGCAAACACGAUUAGUGAUGCCCGAGACUCAUGAGGGAGCAGGUGGCAACCACUCCGGAGGCCGAGCACUAGCUUUAAAAAUCCAAAACUUGGGAUUCUUCUGGCCAACAAUGAAUACUGACUGUGAAGUGUAUGCUCGACGAUGCGACAAAUGCCAACGACACGCUCCGAGCAUCCACAGCCCAACCGAGCUACUGCGAACCUCCGCAGCCCCUUAUCCAUUCUUGCGAUGGGGGAUGGAUAUCAUCGGACCAAUGCCGAACUCCCGUCAACGCCGCUUCCUGUUAGUAUUAACCGACUACUUCACCAAGUGGAUUGAAGCCGAAGACUUCGCCAAGGUUACCGAGAAGGAAGUUCGCGGCUUUGUUUGGAAAAACGUCAUCUGUCGUCACGGCCUACCAUACGAGAUCAUGACCGACAAUGGAUCCCAGUUUAUGUCUGGAAAUUUCAAAGAUUUCUGCAACAAGUGGGACAUCCGACUAAGCCCCUCGACACCAAGGUACCCUCAGGGAAAUGGACAAGCGGAGUCCUCGAAUAAGAUCAUCAUCGACGGGAUCAAGAAGCGUCUCGAUCUCAAAAAAAGACACUGGGCCGACGAACUCGACGGUGUCCUCUGGUCGCAUCGGACGACCCCCCGAGGAGCGACUAAAUCCACUCCCUUCUCCCUCGCAUACGGGAUGGAAGCAAUGGCUCCGGCCGAGGUCAACGUAACAAGUUUCCGCCGAUCAAAGAUGCCCCAAUAUGUUGAGCUUAAGCAAGAGAUGCUGCUCGAUGCCCUCGAUGCCCUCGAUGAACUCGAGGAGAAACGCGACCAAGCUCUUCUUCGGAUCCAGAAUUACCAGAACCAAAUCGAGAGUUAUUACAACAAGAAGGUCCGCUCGCGUCCUCUCGAGCUUGGUGAUCUAGUCAUGCGAAAGGUCUUCGAGAACACAAAAGAACUCAACUCUGGAAAGCUCGGCGCGAAUUGGGAGGACCGUACAAGAUCACUCGAGUCGUCAAACCAGAACGAGUAA